AGAAUCAAAUGAAGAAUGGCUGACACAGCAUUGCAGUCAAAGUCACUGCUUUAUUCGCAGUUGCGCUUAAGAACGAAGCAAUCGAGACGCAUAUUCUUCUUCUUCCCAAGAAGAUCUUUUUAUAUUCUCGAUCGCUUUUGCUCCUCAUCUCCUCUUCGUCUUCCAUUCGGAAAUAAGCGUUGCAAGAAGGCUGUGCAGUCUGCGUGUCACACAAUUCGUCUGGCUCCAUUCAUGAGCAAGGAAGCCAUGGCGGUCAGUGAAGAUGCUGUGUCCGGGAAUAUGAUUUAUCAGCCUAUUCUGAAGAAUGGAGUGUUCCGGUUUGAUUGCUCUGCAGAGGAUAGAUUAGCUGCAUUUCCAAGUCUUUCCUUCAAAAAUAGCAAGGACAGGGACACACCAAUUACGGGCCAUGAAGUCCCUUCAUAUACCCCUAUUUUUGAAUGUCUUAUGGGCCAGCAGAUUGUCAAACUAGAGCUUCCGGCUGGUACCUCCUUUUAUGGGACUGGAGAAGUUAGUGGACAACUGGAGCGUUCAGGUAAGAGGGUUUUCACGUGGAACACCGAUGCAUGGGGUUAUGGUCCUGGAACUACAUCCUUGUAUCAGUCACACCCAUGGGUGCUAGCGGUUCUUCCAAAUGGGGAAUCAUUGGGGGUUCUUGCGGACACAACGAGACGAUGUGAGAUUGAUCUAAGGAAUGAGUCAAAAAUUCAGUUCAUUGCUCCAUCGUCUUAUCCAAUAAUUACAUUCGGUCCAUUUGAUACACCUGCUGCCGUUCUUAAAUGUUUAUCUGAUGCAAUUGGAACUAUUUUUAUGCCCCCAAAGUGGUCACUAGGCUAUCACCAGUGCCGUUGGAGCUAUGAUUCUGAGAAGAGAGUUCGUGAGAUUGCUAGAAUAUUUCGGGAGAAGAGUAUUCCUUGUGAUGUCCUGUGGAUGGAUAUUGAUUACAUGGAAGGUUUCCGUUGUUUCACUUUUGACAAGGAACGUUUUCCAGAUCCAAAAUCUUUGGUUAGAGAUCUGCACCAAAAUGGCUUCAAAGCGAUCUGGAUGCUCGACCCCGGUAUCAAAUAUGAGGAGGGUUUUUCCGUCUAUGAUAGUGGUUCUAAAAACGAUGUCUGGAUUCAGCAAGCAGAUGGACGGCCAUUUGUUGGAGAGGUGUGGCCUGGGCCUUGUGUUUUUCCUGAUUACACACAAGCAAAGGUUCGUUCUUGGUGGGCCAAUUUAGUCGAAGAUUUCGUCUCCAAUGGUGUUGAUGGUAUAUGGAAUGAUAUGAAUGAGCCGGCUGUCUUUAAGAGUGUUACAAAAACAAUGCCUGAAAGUAAUAUUCAUCACGGUGAUGAUGAACUGGGAGGUUGUCAGAAUCACUCGCACUAUCAUAAUGCUUAUGGCACGCUUAUGGCAAGAUCUACCUAUGAAGGCAUGAAAUUAGCCAAUGCAAAUAAACGUCCUUUUGUUCUUACUAGAGCUGGGUUUAUUGGUAGCCAGAGGUAUGCUGCGACUUGGACAGGAGAUAAUCUUUCAAACUGGGAGCACCUCCAUAUGUCUAUUUCAAUGGUAAUUCAGUUGGGGCUCAGCGGUCAGUCAUUGGCAGGGCCCGAUAUUGGUGGUUUUGCUGGAAAUGCAACCCCCAAGCUCUUCGGUAGAUGGUUCGCCGUUGGCGCUAUGUUUCCAUUCUGCCGAGGCCAUUCUGAAUCAGGCACCAUUGACCAUGAACCGUGGUCUUUUGGGGAAGAGUGCGAAGAAGUUUGCCGCCUGGCACUGAAGAGGCGGUACCGGCUUAUGCCCCACAUCUACACUCUCUUUUACUUGGCUUAUACAACGAGUAUUCCUGUGGCAACACCAACAUUUUUUGCUGAUCCAAAAGAUCCUAGCUUGAGGACUGUUGAGAAUUCAUUUUUAUUGGGUCCAGUUUUAGUCUGUGCGAGUACUACUCCUGACAAGAGAAUUGAUGAACUGAAUCAUGUGUUGCCCCAAGGGAUUUGGUUAAGAUUUGAUUUUAAUGAUUCACAUCCAGAUCUACCGACUUUAUAUUUGAAAGGUGGAUCAAUAGUUCCUUUGGGUCCUUCCCAUCAGCAUACAGGUGAAGCUAAUCUAUCAGAUGACUUAACACUUCUUGUGGCUUUAGAUGAAUAUGGGAAAGCUAAUGGCAUUCUUUUUGAAGAUGAUGGUGACGGAUAUGAAUUCACCAACGGUGGUUAUCUCUUGACACACUACAUCGCUGAACUUCAAGCUUCAGUGAUUACCGUUAGGGUUUUGAAAACUGAAGGAUUAUGGGAGAGACCAAAACGUCGACUGCAUGUGCAAAUUUUGCUUGGUGAAGGUGCUCUGCUUGAUGCAUGGGGCAUGGAUGGAGAGGUCUUACAAAUAUUGAUGCCUGCAGAAGAUGAAGUGUCCAAAUUGGUAUCCAUGAGUGAGAAGCUAUACCACGCACGCCUGGAAAGUGCUAAGCAAAUCCCUGAAGUGGAAGAUGUUUCCGGACACAAGGGAGGACAGCUUUCAAGAUCUCCCAUUGAACUGAAAAGUGGUGAAUGGGCUCUCAAAGUGGUUCCUUGGAUUGGGGGCAGGAUUAUUUCCAUGAUGCAUCUUCCUUCGGGAACACAAUGGCUGCACAGCAGGGUUGAGGUGGAUGGGUAUGAAGAGUUCAGUGGUACUGAGUACAGGUCUGCUGGAUGUACUGAGCAGUACAAUGUAAUAGAGAGAGACCUUGAGCAUGCAGGAGAGGAGGAAUCUCUUUCGUUAGAAGGUGAUAUUGGCGGUGGAUUGGUGCUUGCACGACAAAUAUCUAUUCCUAAAGACAAUCCAAAGGUUUUUCAGAUAAACUCUUGCAUUAUAGCACGCAAGGUUGGUGCCGGUUCUGGUGGAUUUUCAAGGCUCGUUUGCUUGAGAGUACAUCCAAUGUUCGCCCUUCUGCAUCCCACAGAAACCUACAUCUCAUUCAACUCAAUCGACGGGUCCAAGCAUGAAGUUUGGCCUGAAUCCGGAGAGCAGUUUUAUGAAGGGGAUCUUCUUCCUAAUGGUGAAUGGAUGCUCAUUGAUAAAUGUCUUGGUUUGGCACUGGUCAAUCGAUUUAAUGUUACUGAGGUAGGCAAGUGUCUGAUCCACUGGGGAACUGGGACAGUAAACCUGGAACUGUGGUCUGAGAAUAGACCUGUGUCAAAGGAAUCACCUCUUAGAAUAUCACACGAGUACGAGGUCAGAGCCAUAGCAUAAUUAGUUGGUGUAGCAAUCCCACUUUUGUUCCAUUUGUGUGCGUUUCUGUUGCAUCUAUAAGAAAUAAGAUGGUAUGUAAAGAUUUGUACCAUGUGCCCUAUGAUAUCCAUGUUGCAAAAAA